AUGAGCUGCCUCAAAAAUGAUCCUACAUUUUGUCAGAAGCGACCGGCGGAGAAGGUGGCGCGGCCUAAUGGACGGUCUCUUCUUGAAGUAUCUGAGGAUGAAAUAAUUCAGGCUGCUCGUAAAGAGAAUCUGAAGCAGCCACUAGAUGCAGAAAAGAAGAAUGAGAAGUCAAAGAAAAAAAAGAAAUCAAAGGGAGAUUCUAAAACAGUUCAGGACCUGUCACGUGUAGAUGGAAAGGAAGUUGAUGAAGGAGCCUGGGAAACUAAAAUCAGUAACCGAGAAAAACGACAGCAGCGUAAACGCGAUAAAGUAUUGACCGACACUGGUUCAGUAGAAUCAAAUCUCCCUGGGUUGGAUGCAGUUACCAUAUCCCCUGAACAACUAAUACCUACACCAUCUCUUCCAGUUGGUCUCAGAAAAAAUAAAGGUGAUACACUUCUGAAUGUUCAAGUUAGCAGCUCUAAACCUGCGAAAGGAGAUUCAGCAAUUCAACAAGGAUUGAGUGAAAGCCCUACUCUAAAUGGAGGAAGCUGGAAUGAGAAGUCUGUAAAAAUCUCCCAGAUUAGUGCAGGUGAUGAGAAAUGGGCAUCGGUUUCGUCAGCUGCAACUGGGAAGAGGAAGACUGAGACAUCUGCGUGGGGUCAGGAUUCUGGAGAUGCUAAUGGAAAUGGAAAGGAUUGGGGUGUGUCCCUAGUGGGCAGGACCUGGAGAGAGCGUCCUUUGUUCCACGGCAUUACUGCCUGGAAUGUGGAUGGAAGGAUCAAUACUUCUGAACAAAAUUCUGCUUCUUUCAGUUCCUUGGGACUAGCUGCUGCAGUUUCUGGAUCCAGCAGUGAACCAGUUUCUCAGCCUGGUACUUCUGACUUCCAGUGGGAUUUAAGCCACAGCCAAUCCCCUAUUGAUGAUGAAUGGUCCGGGUUAAAUGGACUGUCUUCUGCUGAUCCCAGCUCUGAUUGGAAUGCACCAGCAGAAGAAUGGGGAAAUUGGGUAGAUGAAGAAAAGGCUGCUUCUGUUGCACAACAUGAAGAAUUAUCAUCUGAUGUUCAGAAGGCUUCAGAUGAUGAGAGAGAAAAAGCAGAGCCAACUCUUCAGAGUUCUGCCAGUGGCAAAUCCAAGAAAAAGAAGAAGAAAAAGAAGAAGCAAGGUGAAGAAGCUUGUUCUCCUGCACAGGAUGCUGAAGAACUGGAUAGAGAAGUUGGAGAUGAAUUUCAGGAGGAUACCUCAAAAACUCAACCCCAACAGGAAAUAGCUUUUUCUUUGAAGACCAUGAGCACUAGUGAACCAGCUGAGCCUGGGGAGGCUCCCUCACUUGCUGUUUCUACUGAGCCAUCUGUAAUUGUAUCAGAGAGUGAUUCUGACAAGAUCACUACCCAAGUGCCACAGAUGCUACAAGAGACAGAUGUUUCAAGUUCUAAUAUUAAGCAAAACAGUGUGCCUCCUCUACAGACCAAGUCUGAAGAAAGCUGGGAGUCCCCCAAACAAGUUAAAAAGAAGAAAAAAGCAAGAAGGGAAACGUGAAUUUCCUGAGAUGGACAUAUGUUGCUGAAAUACUGUCAUGAAGAUUAUGCUGUUUAUGCAAUAAUUUGUGAACAUGUACAGAAUUUUAUAUAAAUUUCAACUGAUUUUUAAAACAGAACUGCUGUGAACACAACCAUCUUUAAAAAGGAAUCCAAGGAAAGUAACUUUGUGAUUAUAGAAAACAGCAGAACAUGCUACAUGCUGGAGAGACACUUUGAAGAGUCUGUUUUUCCAACUUAUGGUGAAAGAUGUUAACUUAAAAAAACAAAAAAAACAAACUGGUUUUACAACACAGUGCCCUGUUUACAAUAGAUUAUGUCCUAUCUCAUCUGCAGCUGGGAAUAAAGGAUUAAUUUUAAGGAAGGGUUUUCUGUAAAAUAGUUGUCUGUAUAAUAGUGGAUGUUUCUUGACCCUCUUUUGAGUGGUAUAUAGAAACACAGAAUGUCUACCAUUUGGAUCUGUUUCAUGCCUAAAUCAAAGUGCUUUGAUUAAAUACGUAAUCUGCCAUAUCUUUACAAUAUGUUGGUUAGCAAAGCAGCUAACCAUUAAAGGAAUCACAAGUGCAAAUAAAAUCAUUAAAAUCAUUUGUACAGUUAAACCUUUAUGGUUUAUUAUACAAAGUUAACAUAAUAAAAUGGCUUUUGGUUAAAA